CCCAGCAGUCGUGUCAGAGCCAGGAAACAAGCUGAGCUGUACCGUGUCGUUGCAGUUCAACAGCGAGGUUAACUCAGUGUUCGCAGAGAUCAGCCUUUAUGUGAGGAUGGGCGAACACCGAGACAUGAUGUAUGUCGCCUAAGAAGUCACCAGACAGAGACGGAAGACGUGGAGCUCUUGGGGAAUCAUCUGGAAGCGUUAAGAGGGAAGGUAGACCUGCCAGGGUGUCACGGUCUUUCUGGGCAGGUAGACGUUAUCAGGCAGCCAGACUAGCCGCUCAGCUAGUGUUUCAGCGGCAAGACGCUAGCUUAAAUCGGGUUGAAUGAACUUUUGCCACAGACGGCACAAAAAAGCGCAGCGCGGAUACAUUUUUUCUAGAAAUAUAAAGCUAUCCCUGUGAAAAGCGCACACUGCCCUUUUAUUGUUUUCAAGGAGACACCGGUGGCUGCUCAUACAAGAAGGCUGAUUGACAGCUUGUCACAACGGGUUUUCCAGAUGUGGAGUCAGCACAAGAAGUGUAGCCGGGCUCUGAGUCGGGAAUGGCUGGCCGGAGCAAACUCAUAGGUGGAAUCGCAAGUCAACAAACUGCAACAGCAAGCCAUGCAUUUCAGUUUGGCGCUGAGGUGUCCCUGAAAACCACAGCAGCCGACCUGACACGUUGUUCUAGCCAGCUAAGUGAAGUUACCGAGAGGAUACUGGAAACUGCACAGGAAAGCGGGUGAAGUGGUGCAAUCCGGCGCGCGAUAGGACUGUUCCUACAGUCAGUAUGAAGAGGACGGAGAAUAAAAACAAAAGGAAACUCUGCAGUAUGGAGCAGCACGACAGUGGAGGAGAGGAGAAAGAUGCGAAGGAGUUUGCAGCUCCUCCUCCUCUGCUCUUCCGGAAGCUGAGUAAUCCUGACCUAUCACCCGCAGCAACUGCUGCUACCAAAUCCAAACUUCACCGACAGCUGAGCCAGGAUGAGAGUCGGGCCCGACGUAGCAGCAUGGCCAUGACUGGUAAACAGCUGCUGCCUUUGUCCAGCAGUCUGCAUGCUGGAGUUAGUCAGCUGGCUUGUCAAGGCAACUCUGGGACUUUUGGAGCACCUGGGGCUAUUGGGGGAGCAUCUGCAGGAGGAGAGGCCAACAACCUGGUCCGUAUGAGGAACCAGGCUCUGGGGCAGUCUGCCCCUUCUCUCACCGGACUGCACAGUGCUGACAUCAUAGAGCUGUAG